GGGCGGCGGGACUCGGCGUGGGUCCAGCAUGGACGUGGUGGACCCCCAGCAGCUCGGCAUGUUCACGGAGGGCGAGCUCAUGUCCGUGGGCAUGGACACCUUCAUCCACCGCAUCGACUCCACCGAGGUCAUCUACCAGCCGCGCCGCAAGCGCGCCAAGCUCAUCGGCAAAUACCUGAUGGGGGACCUGCUGGGGGAGGGCUCGUACGGGAAGGUGAAGGAGGUGCUGGACUCGGAGACGCUGUGUCGGCGCGCCGUCAAGAUCCUCAAGAAGAAAAAGCUCCGGCGCAUCCCCAACGGGGAGGCCAACGUGAAGAAGGAGAUCCAGCUCCUGCGGCGGCUGCGACACCGGAAUGUCAUCCAGCUCGUGGAUGUGCUGUGCAAUGAAGAGAAGCAGAAGAUGUAUAUGGUGAUGGAGUACUGUGUGUGCGGCAUGCAGGAGAUGCUGGACAGCGUGCCCGAGAAGAGGUUCCCUGUGUGUCAGGCCCACGGGUACUUCUGCCAGCUCAUCGAUGGGCUGGAGUACCUACACAGCCAGGGCAUCGUUCACAAGGACAUUAAGCCCGGCAACCUGCUGCUCACCACCAGCGGGACGCUCAAGAUCUCCGACCUGGGCGUGGCUGAGGCCCUGCACCCCUUUGCUGAGGAUGACACUUGCCGGACCAGCCAAGGUUCCCCAGCCUUCCAGCCACCUGAGAUCGCCAAUGGCCUGGACACCUUCUCCGGCUUCAAGGUGGACAUCUGGUCAGCGGGCGUGACGCUUUACAACAUCACGACAGGCCUGUACCCUUUCGAAGGAGACAACAUCUACAAGCUGUUCGAGAACAUCGGGAAGGGGGACUACACCAUCCCAAGUGACUGUGGCUCACCGCUGUCGGACCUUCUGAGAGGGAUGUUGGAGUAUGAGCCGGCCCAGAGGCUGUCCAUCCAGCAGAUCCGGCAGCACAGCUGGUUCCAGAAGAAGCACCCACCGGCUGAGGCGCUGGUACCCAUCCCGCCCAGUCCGGACACCAAGGACCGGUGGCGCAGCAUGACAGUCGUGCCCUACCUCGAGGACCUGCACGGCUGCACCGCCGAUGCCGACGACGAGGGCCUCUUCGACAUCGAGGACGGCAUCAUCUACACUCAGGACUUCACAGUGCCCGGACAGGUCCUGGAGGAGGAGGCCACUCAGAACGGACAGAGCCGGGGCCUGCCCAAGGUCGUGUGCAUGAAUGGCACCGAGGCCACCCAGCCAGGCCCCAAAACGAAGGCAGAGCGCAGGGCCAGCGCCUCCUCCAACCCUGCCCGCCGCGCCUGCUCUGCCAGCAGCAAGAUCCGCCGGCUGUCAGCCUGCAAGCAGCAGUGAAGACUCAGCCUGCAG